AUGGCGACCGUAGAAACGCUUACUGUAACCCCCAUUUCCGACACGAUGGCACACCUUGAUGCUGCUGGCAGUCUUGAGCAACUACCCAACUCCAGCACAGCAUCAGAGAAGGUCUCUUUUGAGCCAUCGAAGCACCUGGCUUACACCCCACCUUCAAAAGUGCACACCAUGGAAGAGCUUGGCUAUCCUGGAAGUCGUGGGGUAUCACCGAUAGGUGUCUCUGAGCCCUUCCCCCUCUUUUCAACUGAGGCAAUCCAGCAGAUGAGAAAGGAAGUCCUCAGUGAUAAGGUCUUCGCCAAAUAUCAAUACUCAAGUGAACUUGCUCAGUGCCAGCUCAGGGGAUACGCAGAAGAGUACGCACCGUUUGUCUACGACGCCUGGAAAAACCCAGAGACUCUUGCCAUAAUCUCCAAGAUAGCAGGUGUUGAUUUGGUUCCUGCUAUGGACCUUGAAAUUGGUCAUAUCAAUAUCUCUAUGCACACCGAAGAAGAAAAAAACAAGGCUCUGAAGGCAGUAAUGGAAAAGGCGAAUCGGGAAGCUGACGAGGGAGUAUCAGGCUGCCCAUGGGAAGAUGAUCACCCGAUUGUUGACUGGCACACGGACAGCUACCCAUUCGUGUGUGUAACGAUGCUCUCGGACUGUAAGGGCAUGAUUGGAGGUGAGACGGCUUUGAGAAAAGGCAAUGGCGAGGUGGUGAAAGUUCGGGGACCCCAAAUGGGAUCUGCUGUUAUUCUCCAGGGGCGUUAUAUCGAGCACCAGGCACUUCGUGCGCUAGGAACAACCGAAAGAAUUAGUAUGGUGACUUCGUUCCGGCCACGUGCUUCACUCAUCAAGGAUGAUACUGUGCUCACUACCGUCCGCCCGAUUUCGGAUUUGGGGGAAUUGUACCUCCAAUUCGCCGAGUACCGAUUUGAUAUGCUUCAGGACCGAUUCCGAGAUGCUAACAAACUGAUGCGGGACCAACAACGGGCGCGGAGGCCAUUUGAUACCCUUCGUCUCAAGCAAUUUAUUCGUGAGCAAAUUGAGUUCCUGGAACACAUGGAAAGGGAGAUAGUCGAGGAUGAGAAAGUGAUCAAAGGAGUUAUAGAUGAUAGCCACCUCAUCUCCGAGGACCUCAAAUUGCAGAGGUCCAAGAAACGACGGGUUGUCGUUGUUGCAUAGCUCGGAUCCGGGAUGAUGUUGUCUACUCCAUGCAUACGUCCGGGUUGCACUGGCUAGUGAAAAUCUUGGGUAAUUUCAGAAUGGGUCAGAUUUGGUGCUCAUGGCAUCGUGUUUGCGAAAGUUGCGGCUGGGCCAUUAAUUUGACUGGUUAUGCGGCUGUGUGCUCAGGGAAUAAUUUUUUUUGAUCUCUUGUUGCUUUGGGAGAGUGCCCAUCGAAAGUUUACUGCAUUUAUUUUGAUCUGUUGGUAGCGAACUUGCGUUAGAUUGUUGGAUUGGGAAUCUAUUUCCGCUGAAUCAAAAACUA